UGUCGUCCUACAAGAGGGCCACGCUGGACGAGGAGGAGCUGGUGGACUCCAUCGGUGAGGGCGAGGUCUACCCCAACGGGGUGCAGGUCAACCUGCGAGGGACCCGCAACAGGACCAGCUGCUGGACGCAAAGGACACAUGUGGAGAAGAGGCUUCUGGUCCUGGUCGCCAUCCUGUGCAUCGGGCUUCCUGGUGUGUCUGCUGUCUCUGGCUCUGCAGUAUAGAAGCAAAAACCGCAUCUGCCUGUCAGAAUCUUGCAUCUCGGUCACCAGCUCCAUCCUGCGCUCUCUGGAUCCCACCGUUGAUCCCUGUCAGGACUUCUACAGCUAUGCCUGUGGUGGGUGGAUCAAAGCCAACCCCGUCCCUGAUGGCCAUUCCCGCUGGGGGACCUUCAAUGAGCUCUGGGAGCACAACCAAGCCGUCAUGAAGCAUCUGCUGGAAAACAAAACUACGAAUUUCAGCAGUGCUGCCGAGCACAAAGCUCAGAGAUACUACCAGGCCUGUAUGAAUGAGUCCAAAAUCGUGGAGCUCGGCGCCAAACCGCUGCAAGACCUCUUAGAGAAGCUUGGUGGGUGGAAUAUCACUGGUCCAUGGGAUAAGGACAACUUCCAGGAGACCCUUCAAACCAUCACUGCCUACUACAGAGUCUCGCCCUUCUUCUCGGUGUUUGUUAGCGCAGACUCCAAGAACUCCAACAGCAACAUCAUCCAGAUAGACCAAUCUGGAUUGGGUUUACCGUCUCGAGAAUAUUACCUGAACAAAACGGCUAAUGAGAAGGUUCUUACUGGAUACCUCAACUUCAUGGUGCAGCUGGGAGUCCUCCUAGGUGGGGAGGAGAACAAUACACGCCAGCAGAUGCAGGAGAUCCUGGACUUUGAGACAGCCCUGGCCAAUAUCACCAUUCCGCAGGAGAAGAGACGAGAUGAGGAACUUAUCUACCACAAGAUCACCGCGGGAGAGCUGAAGGAUUUGAUGCCCAUCGUGGAUUGGAUACCCUUCCUCCGAACGGUCUUUCGCCCCAUAGACAUCAAUGAGACUGAGCCCGUGGUGGUCUAUGCUAAGGAAUACUUGUCUGAGGUGUCCAGUCUCAUCAAUAACACAGACAAGAGGAUCCUGAAUAACUACAUGAUGUGGAAUCUGGUGCGGAAGACCAGCGCCCUGUUGGAUCAGAGGUUCCAGGACGUUGAAGAGAAGUUCCUGGAAGUCAUGUAUGGAACCAAGAAGACUUGCACCCCGCGCUGGAAGUUCUGCAUUGGUGACACGGAUAUCAAUCUGGGCUUCGCUUUGGGCGCCAUGUUUGUCAAGAGUAUGUUUGCCGAAACAGGCAAACCACGGGCUGUGCAGAUGAUUAAAGGUAUAAAGAAGGCUUUUGAAGAGAGUCUGCAGACGCUGAGCUGGAUGGAUGAAGAUACGAGGAAAGCUGCCAGAGAAAAGGCUGAAGCAAUCUACGAUAUGAUUGGCUAUCCAAAUUUCAUCAUGGACCCCAAGGAGCUGGAUAAAGUGUUCAAUGAUUAUGAAGUGACUCCAGAUCUCUACUUCCAGAACGUCAUGCUGUUCUAUAACUUCUCGGCCAGAGUGACCUCCGAUCAGCUGCGCAAACCGCCAAACAAGGACCAGUGGAGUAUGACACCACCAACUGUCAACGCCUACUACUCCCCCACCAAGAAUGAGAUUGUGUUCCCAGCCGGGAUCCUGCAGGCUCCAUUCUACACCAGCUCAUCUCCAACGGCCCUGAAUUUCGGCGGGAUUGGAGUGGUGAUGGGACACGAACUGACUCAUGCGUUUGAUGACCAAGGCAGAGAGUAUGACAAGGAUGGGAACCUCCGUCCCUGGUGGAAGAACUCCUCGGUGGAGGCCUUCAAGAAGCAGACGGAGUGCAUUACCGAGCAAUACAGCAGCUACAAGGUGAAUGGAGAGGCCAUCAAUGGGAAGCACACGUUGGGCGAGAACAUUGCGGAUAAUGGCGGACUCAAAGCUGCUUAUCGGGCAUACCAGAACUGGGUGAAGGAGAAUGGAGAGGAGAAGGAGCUGCCGUCACUGGGGCUCUCCAACAAUCAGCUCUUCUUUGUGGGGUUCGCCCAGGUGUGGUGCUCAGUGCGCACUCCAGAGAGCUCACACGAAGGUAUCAUCACUGACCCCCACAGCCCUUCCCGCUAUCGUGUCAUCGGCUCCGUUUCCAACUCCCGAGAAUUCGCCAGGCAUUUCCAGUGUCCGGGGGGCUCUCAGAUGAACCCGGUGAAGAAAUGUGAAGUCUGGUGA